CCUGUGAGUUAAUUUCAUUUCGCUAAAUUUUGACUAUGACUGAGUCUUACUUCAGGCAACCUGGAAAUUUCACCGCUGUGUUGUUCCACCAGCCAACUAUGGCUACAGUUAUAGAGGACUCGAUCGGUAAUCCGACAAAUAUUUACACCUAUGUCGCGAUAUUUUUCAGCCUGCUGGUCCUCUUGCUUGUUGUCGUGGUCAUUGUGCUUUACAGAUUAAAGCAUGUCAUUGUUCCUGUCUCUUCAUCCGUGGAUAAUGUCAGCAAGGCAGAUGUUUUCACCAGCGUGGAAGUCGGUGGUUUUUAGACUUUGGCUCAGUGAAUGUCAGCAGGCUUUCUUUGCUGGUUAUGUUUACAAAAAAAAGGAAGGUCUCUUUUGGGAUUCAGUCCUAAAGCUAUGCUGCCAUUCAACGUUCUGAUCCACAUCCGAUCAUUACAGUCGGCUACAGAUGGCUAGCAAUUAAGGAAAUGAAAAUGCGAAAUGUCACAUCAUCAUUUAAAAUCGAUAACAUUGCCGAAUCUGCAGAUUCAACAUUGAAUGCAUUAAGGAGACAUAAGUAAAUUAAAAUCAUUCAUUAAGUUGAUAUACACUUAUUUAUAAAACUUCAUUAAGAAAACUUUGGACCUUAAAUGAUGGAAAUUAUGAUAAAUAAUUAUAUACUGUAUUUUGAUUCUAUUUAACAUUUGUUUAAGCUAGAUUUAUCAGAAUUUAACACAUGCUUGAGUUAAAAAUAAAGAUUCAACAGUAUAUGAGACAUGCUUAGAAACAAAAUGCAUGGGAUUUUACCCAGAGCUGUAAAGAAGUAUGUGAAGAUUUGAUGUUUUAAUAGGAAUCUUGGAAAAAUAUAUUCAAACUGCUUCUUGAAUGUAUGUCACUAGCAACAUAAAGUUAUACUAUAAAUAAAAGGUAAACACACUGCAAAUAAACUUAUUAAUGUAAGAAAUGUAUCACAUCUUUGCAAACUAAUUAUAUAUUUGCCAAUGUUUAUAUGCUAUUGCCCACAACAGAUUUUAAAGCGAUUAAAAAAAAUUCAAUUGGAAAUUUAUAAUUCUGUGUACAAAGCAACAUAUUAAUA